AUGUUCACCUGCCACCCGCCCAACGUCUCCCUGCUGGGGGGGCCCGGCAGCCCCGGGGCACCCCUCCCCAUGCCUGUUGGCAGCUUGCCACUGGGGAACUCCUCGGGGGGCCAGAGGGGGCCCUCGCCGGCCAUGCCCAUCUUCUCCAUGAUGCUGGGCGCGGUCUCCAAUGUGGUGGCCCUGGCCAUCCUGGCGCAGUCCUACGCCCGCUUCCGGCGCCGCUCCAAGGCCACCUUCCUGCUCUUUGCCAGCAGCCUGGUCAUCACGGACUUCGCCGGGCACGUCAUCCCGGGCGCCUUCGUGCUGCAGCUCUACGCCACCCGGCAGAAAUGGGACACCAUGGACAGCACCGGCGCCAUGUGCCAGUUCUUCGGCGCCUGCAUGGUCUUCUUCGGCCUGUGCCCGCUCUUCCUGGGCUGCGUCAUGGCGGUGGAGCGCUGCGUCGGGGUGACACGCCCGCUGCUCCACAGCUCGCUGGUCACCUCUGUCCGGACCAAACUCACUCUGCUGGGGCUCUGGGCCUCCGCCCUGGGCAUUGCCCUGCUGCCCAUCUUCAGCUUCGGCACCUACACCAUCCAGUACCCGGGCACCUGGUGCUUCAUCAAGGUGCAGCCGGUGGAGAACUGGUGCGAGGUGACCUUUGCCUUGCUCUUCUCCCUGCUGGGCCUGGCCUCCCUGCUGGUCGCCCUGGUCUGCAACACCCUGAGCGGGCUCAGCCUGGUGCGGGCACGGCUGCGGGCCCAGCGCAAAUGCGGGCAGCGGCGCGCCAAGGCCCACGACAUCGAGAUGGUGGUGCAGCUGGUGGGCAUCAUGGUCGUCUCCUGCAUCUGCUGGAGUCCUAUCCUGAUCUUCGUGGUGCUGGCGGUGGGCGACAAGGCCGGCUCGCUGCACUACCAGCACCUGCUGUUGCUGGGCGUGCGCCUGGCCUCCUGGAACCAGAUCCUGGACCCCUGGGUGUACAUCCUGCUGCGCCGGGCCGUGCUGCGCAAGUUGUACGGGGUGCUGUGCCGCCAGCCCCCAGGCAAGGGCAGCCGCUUCGAGCGCUGGGAGGUCAGCUCCUUCCAGAGCUCCGAGCGCAGCAUGGUCGGCCGCUCGUAG